AUGCUCGAACUAAUCGCUGUGGAUAGUCCUAGCACGAGUAUGGAAAUGAGGAAUGGGUUCACGCUGGCCGGGCUUGCUAAGAAAGAACUGCGCCCGGGGUUGGCACAUAGGGUGGUGCUUGCAACAUCUUACAUGUACCCCAAUGCAGGCAAGAGGCGAGCUAGAAUAAUCGCCCUGAGACCAAAAUUUCUGGAAAAAGAUAAAAUGGAAGAAACGCCGGAAGGAACACCACUCAUGAACUCGAGGGAGCAAUUUCUUGGCCAUUUCAGAAGUCCAAAUGAUAUACUACCAUCGGAUUCAGUCAUCAGCGACUUCCAUCGUCACUUGGAGUUUACCGUGCGCGCUGUAGCGGAUGAAGACGAGAUAUCGGGUAACGGCGGGAAAGAUACGAUCGCGGCAUUGCUUGGAACAUUUCCAUGCGUUCAUCCAAAGGGAGGUUUUCAUUCGUUGGAAGAAUAUUUGAGCUUUCGACGCUUGAACGUGGGUGUACAGUUUGUCAUUGCGGCCGCAAAGUUCACAAUCAAAUCUAGUGUAGAUGUGCAGGACCCUCGAUUUGCCAGGUAUCUGAGGUUGAUUAGUGACCACCUUGGGAUCUUUAAUGACAUGGCUUCUUACGAGAAGGAAUCUAGAGCCCUAAAAGAGGGUGAGAUCCAAGACAUGAUAAAUAUUGUCGCGGUUUUCCAGCAUCUGAAAUCACUCCCAACCAGUGCGGAAGCAAAGGUGGCAGCAUAUACGUAUCAAUUGCAAGUGGAAUCGUGGAUAACAGAGGAAGUUGAGAUUUUGGCAGCUCGAGGAGACUUGACAGAUGAGGAAUGGUGGUUUCUUGAGGCAAUUUUCAUGACAGCAACUGGAAACGUCUUUUUUUGUAUGACAAGCUCGCGUUAUGGAGGAGAUGUUGCCAAGCUGACGUAG